UCUUAUCUUAUCUAUAAUUUCUCUUUCUUCUUUCUCUCAAACCUAAACCGUCAUUCUUUCUCGAACCGCGAAUGACUAAAUUAGUGAUGACAAAGACAAAACACGUGUCCAUCACUAAGAGUGGAUCUACCAUCAUAAACCACAUUAAUGAAAACAUGCUACACUACACUCCAAUUGUAUUUUCAGCACACACACAAAAAAAAAAAAAAAGAACUCAGAUACAGCUCCACGUUUCACUCUGUGUUUUCAUUCAUGGCGGAAGACAGAACAAACUCCAAACCUUCACUUUUUGCUCAAAAAUCGCAACAUUGAAUAACCCUUUUUUACCUCAAAGAAAAUUCUUUGCGUUGAAUCCAACAAUGGGUUUCGAUUCGAAUUUGGGUGGGUCACCAUCUUCCUCUUCACCUAGUGCUAAACGGACUAGAGACCCUGAAGAAGAAGUUUAUGUCGACAAUCUUCGUUCUCACAAACGUUACCUAAGCGAGAUAAUGGCAUCUAGUCUUAAUGGAUUGACAGUUGGAGACACACUUCCUGAUAAUCUCAUGGAAUCUCCAGCAAGGUCAGAAAGUGCGUUCUCUCUCAGGGAUGAUAUGUCUUUACAAUAUUCACCGAUGUCAGAAGAUUCAGAUGACUCAAGGUUUUGUGAGACCGCGGUGCAUAGUUGCUCGUCCAAUCCAGAUAGCCGUCCUAGUAGUCCAGUUUCUCCAUGCAGGUACCAACGAUCACAAAACGCAUUUUCUUCAGGGCCUUCAACAAGUUUAAAUGCUUCUCAUGGCUUUCCAGUCUCUGCUUGUUCUCAGCCUCGUCAGCGAAGCUCAGACUCCGAUGGCCGCUUCCCAUCAUCACCAAGUGAUAUAUGCCACUCAGCUGACUUAAGAAGAGCUGCACUUUUAAGAUCCGUGCAGAUGAGAACACAUCCUCCUGGCUCUACAUCUUUGGAGCUGCCAUUUGGUUCCGGUCAAGAGCCGCCUCCUAAUAUUGAUCGCGAGGAAAGACCAUGCUCAUAUAUGAAAUCUUUGGUUGACGAGAGAGAUUAUCAAAUUGAAGAGUGUUCGCCGAUAAGUAUUCCGGAAACUGAGUUUAACCAUGACAAUAAGCCUUGCAGAGUCUUAGAUAUGAGUCCGAAAUCAGUAGAUUCUGGAGGUUAGUUAUUAACUCAUUGGGAGGAGUUUGUUAGUCUCUGAUGUGAAACGAUACAACGAAGAUUAGCAUGGCCCAUGUGCAAGGAUGACACGCACAAAUAGAAAAAUAGUCUCUGAUGUGAAACGGUUUGCAUGUGUGAGUUAUGACCAAAAGGAAAUGUCUAGAAUUUAAUCUUAUUGGAGGAAUAUGUCCUCCCACCAUGGCAUUAUUUAUCUUCUCAAGUAAAUAUUCCCACAAA